AGAUGCUGUAAAAAGUGGGAUGGACAAACGGACAGAGGAGAUAAAAGAGACGGAAACCUCCUGCUCUGACGUGAAGCUGAGACCUGCUGCAGGUGUGAACAGCCUGUCGAGCUGCUGAGCUGCUGCUGGGAGACGAAGUUUGAAGAACAAAGACUGCGUCCAGAAGCUUAUUAAAUUUCCGCCGGACGGACAGCAGAGACUCGGAUAAUAAGGUGAUCUGUUGGAUCCGGUCAAACACGAUGGAGGAGGAGGAGCUGCAGUGAUGGAGAGUCUGGACUGAGUCUGAAGUGCGCCCCCUUCUGGUUGGCCGCCAUGCAGCACCUGCUACUGUCCGUCUACGUCCUCACCUUCCUGAUGGGCGUCCCCACCAACAUCCUGGCAUUCUGCACCUUCUGCCGUAAGGUGCAUCGGAAGGCGACCCCGAUCGACGUGCUCCUGCUGAACCUCACCAUCUCGGACCUGAUCUUCUUGGCGUUCCUGCCCUUUAAAAUGAAGGAGGCGUCCGAUGACUUUGCCUGGAUGCUGCACUACGAGCUGUGCCCCAUCGUCGGGUACAUAUUCUACGUCACCAUCUACAACAGCACCCUGCUGCUAACUGCUGUUAGCGUGGAGCGCUACCUGGGGGUCGCCUACCCACUCCGGUACUCGGUGUGGCGCCGGCCUCGCUACGCCGUGGUGGCCAGCAUCAUGUUCUGGGUGGUGACCUGCCUGAACCUCAGCAUCGUCUACAUCAUGCCCUACUCCCAGUGGAGGAAAGGAUCCAACGGCAGCACGCCGGCGCCACCUCCAGCCACCUGCUACCUGAACUUCACCCAGGAUGAGCUCGAAAUCCUGCUGCCGUUCCGCCUCGAGCUCUUCCUCAUCCUCUUCUGCAUCCCCUUCUUCAUCAGCUGCUUCUGCUACGUCAACUUCAUCCUCAUCCUGUCCCGACUCCCAAACAUCGGCCGGCGGCGGAGGCUUCGCUGCAUCGGUUUAGCGCUCAGUACGUUGAUUGUAUUCGCCGUCUGCUUCGGGCCUUACAACGCCUCCCAUGUGGUGGGCUUCGUCCAGAAGGAGAGUCAGGAGUGGAGGAACGUGGUGCUGCUCUUCAGCACCUUCAACGCCUGCCUGGAUCCGUUUAUCUUCUACUUUUCCUCAGCUGCAGUCAGGAGCAUGUUGAAGAACUGCUUCAGGAACAUCGCGCCGAUGCUGCACAUCCUGAGAUGUGGAGCAGUUUCUCACAGGCUUCGACACAAACCCUCCAAAACUGACAAAUACCAGGAAGCAGCAUCUCCCUGAAAGUCCAGCACAAAUCAGAAUUCAGGAAAUGCGUUGCUGCUCCAGAACCAAACACUAACUUCUGUAAAACACUUUGGAUGCUUGUUAUGGUUUGUCUUACCUGAGAAGUCAUUUUUACAGUUCAGUAUCUCCUGAAGUAAAACUCCUGCAUCCAUGAAAUGAGAUCACAGACAGAACUGUUUCAAGCAGAUCUAAAUGAUUGAAUGGUUCAAGUAGGUGCCAAAGUUUUGAUUGUUGACCCUUAGAAAUGGAAAAUAGUAAAGCAAAAUUUGUUCAAAUGUGGCUGGAAUAGUGAAUCCAUAAAGUUCCUGUAAGUGUAUAUCUAUGGAUGGAUCCAUAUUUCUGCUAAAAUAGUCUUUGGUCGACAUUUCAACAACUUUUGAGGCUCUAAUAUCAGUAGAAUCUGAUGAGAGGAAAGUUUGACCAGACAAGGUUCCAGUUUUUAGAUAUUCAGACUAAAGGUUGAUGUGGACUCAUUGGUAGGAAACAGAACCUGGUUUUCAUAGAGGUCUAGAUGUUACUCACAUUUCCGGGUUCAUUAUUACACACAGAUGAAAAUAUUCCACAAAAAAAGGCCAUAAUCCAACCUUAGACAUCCAGACGACACAAGCCAGUAAACUAUUUUGUCCAAAACAUGUCUUGAAGACGGUAUAUGAUCCAUGAAUAGGUCGUUUUCGAGGAAAUGCACCUCGCGAUGCGCGUCCAAUAUUCCCUGUAUUUCUCGUCAUAUUUUUAUUUACAAAUAGAAUAUUAGCGAUUUUUUUUGUACUGAAAAUGGCUGGAAUUGACUGCACCCUUAACCACUGGUGACAAAAUAUCCUCUCCUUGAAAUGUGCAGUCAUGUUGCCAGUAGUUUAAAACAAUGAUUCAUUUGGAAACCACCUUAAAACGUACCUGAGAAUUAUAUCGUCCAUGAAAGUAGGUUCGCUCGAUACGUGCCACUCACUUGAAAGGUGUUUAUUCUGACUUUCUCGCAUUUCCGCGCAUCUUUCAAGCAGACCUGUCAAUCAACUGGAGUGCCACAGAGGUGUUAGCAAAAUUUUCCUCUGUAUGACCCGCCCUACUCUGCCUCUGAUUGGCUCAUCCCUAAAGUUAACCAAUCGAAUCAGUGAAGGUAGCAUGUACCAGCAAAUUACAGGCAGAGGAGGGUUGUUCAUGGCUUCAUCAUCCUUAAGGAAAAGAGGGCUACCUGGCACACAGAUAUUACUGAAUGAUGCGCACCAGGGAGCAUUAGAAGUGGGUAUACGCAAUGCUAACUGAAAAAUAAGUGGGUAUACGCCGUAUACCGCCGUAUACCCCGGACUACACCAGUGCAUCGUAUAUUGUACAAAUAACAAGUCAAAGGAAAGAGACGUACAUUGUAGAAUUGUAGUAAUUGUUUGCUGACUGAUUUACUGAUUAUCAGUAUUUUAGUUUUUACUGAUUUACGGUAAUAAAUGAAUUUAAAAAUGCUGCUACUUUGGCUCUGAACCUUUAUCUAGCUGUGGUUGCUCUGUCUUCUGGAGUGAUUUGAUUGGUUAUACGUCACCAAUAAAACUCCUUUAACUUAACAUCUGUAAUCAAAACAAAAACAUAUCAACAAAGUUUUCUGUUAGAGUUUCUGUUCUUCUAAGUUUAACUCCAAGAUUUUAAAUACUUUCAUUUACUGCAGAUGAAUAUCUGUUCCAAAUGUCUCACUAAUAAUCAUUAUCAGCCUUAAAAACCCACAAAACACCCCUCUAUACUGGACCACACUUAGUACAGUCCGGUUCCCCCUUCUAUAAAUCUGCUUGGAAUCUUCUACUUCCUGUUUGUCAAAGUGGCCUUCUACCUGGACAGCAGUGUGAUGAAGCCUCAUGAGGCUUUGAACCACUUGAACCAAUUGGUUUGAGAAAGGGUUCAUUUCUUGAAGCUUCAUGAGCACACGAAACCACCUACUGGUCAAGUGUAUAAUCACAGGCAGCUGUAUCUGAACCGAGCCCGAUUAAAACUUACGUGACAGUUUCACGAAUCCCCGUGAGACCGGGUUGGACCACAUGCCUGAUGCAUUGAAUCCAGAGACUGUAUAUAUAGUGGACGUAGCAUCUGGCUCCAAAAUUGAAGCCAACCCGGAAGUGUCAAAAACUUGCAAUAUCACGCCGUCCGCUAGGGUUGGCUCCAAAAAGCUUUUUCUCCAUAGACCCCAAUUCAUUUUUGGAAAAAUAAAAUUUGAUAGACUGAUGUUCUACAGCUCAGGAUUUUUUCCCGUUAGUUUUCAUGGUCAAAAUGAGAGAUCAGGUGGCCGAUCUUAAAAUAAAUCAAUACUGAAUUUUAAAUAAAUCGUUAAAGUUGGCGGAGCCAGGGGGCGUGGCUAUACUUGAUAGACAGCAACAGAAGCCUCUGAGGUAAAAUGUGGGCGGGAUAAGAGAGUCCUCAGCCAAUCCUGCCCCUAGUUGUUCUCUAGUCCAGCCUGUUUGAUGACGCUUUUUAUGUCACUGGCUCCAAAAAAUCCAAAACGGCGACCAGGAAGUAGCAAAAUCCGGGCUUCAUUUUCUCAGCGUAGAAACCAACGGGUGACGUCACGGUUCGUUUACGCCUGAUUGAAUCAUUGUUCAUUAUAGCUGUUGGGAAUGAAUAUGAAAAACAAAAAAAUGUAUGAUCAAAUAAUUUCUAUAGAUAAAUGAUCACAUAUGUGUAUAAUAAAAUAUAUUUAAUGUAUUCUGUGUGUGUAAAUUUUCCCCAAAAUGGUAGUAUCAUAUCAUGUAGCAUUAAAUAAAUAAAAAAACUUCAAAUUAAAAUAAAUAAACAGAUCUGAAUAACAAAUAGCCAUCAACAAAUAGCACAACUAAACAGGCACGUGUGCUUUUACAGAUGCACACAUCUGCUUUUUUCAAUGCAAAGUCAUCAAUGAGGUCAUCAUAUGACGACUGCUGUGUCAUUUCUGAGUUUAUGGCUAUGAUAGCCAAGCCACUGAAGCAUUCUUGUGCCAUCGAUGAGCGGAGGUAUGUUUUGAUGAGCUUGAGUUUUGAAAAGCUUUUCGGUGGCCCCCCAAAAUAUCUGUUGUAACAUC